CGCCGGCCUCUCGCAGGAAGCACAGGCAGCGUCAGGAGACUGUUGCGGAAGCACCGAAGGCCGGCUGCUUGUGCGCUCGGGGCCGGUCCGCACAGCCGGGGCUCCAUGGUGCCAGGGCGCGCGUGGGUCCGGCUGCUGCUGAAGACCUCCGGACCCGGGGUGGGGCUGCAUCCCCGCGGGCCCCCGUUAACGUCUGCACCCAGCCGUGGGAGGCUCUGCCCCCUGGCCCCGCCGGUCCGGCAUCAUCACCUCCGCCCCCCGGGGCUGACCAUGGCCUCGGGCUCCGAGGGGCAGCUGCAGCCCGUUCCUCCCUAUGGUUGGCCCAUGGAUAAGCAUGAGAAAAAUAAAAGGGACCAAAAGUCAGUGAUCUGUAUCGAAGGUAAUAUCGCGAGUGGGAAAACGACAUGCCUGGAGUACUUUUCUAAAACGACUGACAUUGAGGUUUUGGCAGAACCCGUAUCUAAAUGGAGAAAUGUCCGUGGCCACAACCCUCUGGGCUUGAUGUAUCAGGAUGCCUCAAGAUGGGGAAUAACCUUUCAGACUUACGUGCAGCUGACCAUGCUGGACCAGCACACUAGGCCUCUGAUUUUACCAGUGCGGAUGAUGGAGAGGUCAAUUCACAGUGCUAAAUAUGUUUUUGUAGAAAACUUGUAUAAAAGUGGGAAGAUGCCUGAUGUGGAUUAUGCGGUCUUAUCUGAAUGGUUUGACUGGAUUGUGAAGAACAUUGAUGUUUCCCUUGAUUUAAUAGUUUAUCUCCGGACCUCUCCUGAGACUUGUUACAAGAGAUUGAAGAUGAGAUGCAGAGAGGAAGAAAAAGUCAUUCCAUUGGAAUAUCUGGAAGCCAUCCACCAGCUGUAUGAGGAGUGGCUCAUUAAGCAAACCCUCUUCAAAGUGCCCUCUCCUGUUCUUGUGAUUGAGGCAGACCAGGACACACAGACAAUGCUGGAACUCUAUGAAAAAAAUCGGAACCAAAUAUUAACUGCAGGGAAUAUGAAGCAUCAUUUAUAGAACCAGGAAAAUAAAUCUAUGUGAUCAUAGUAGGAGCCUGCCAGGGUCUGUCAGUUUAGCCAGGAGGUCCACUCAAGUGAAUUUUCUAUCACAUCUGAUUAAAAAUAAAUGUGUUUAUAUAUAUGUACACAUACAACACACAGUAACAUACAUGAGACGUGAAGGGUAUUCCCAUAUGUACAUGCAUAUGUAUACGUCUACUUCAACAUGCUAAGUUUUGAAGUGUACGUAUAUACACAUUUGUAUAACAUGUAUGUCUUUGUUAAUUGCCAUGGUGUUCAUUUAUGAACAUGAGGCUUGUUGGUGGGAUGGCCCACCUGAUCUUGGGAUGUGGUCUGCCUGAGAUUUUUAGCCAAAAAAAAAAAAAUCACCUAGCAUCUAACUGUAGCAGGCCAUUUAACUGACUGCUGAUGGGUGCUGUGCUAGCAGAUUUGGACCAAUUAAUCCUAAUUGAAGUUGAAUGUCAUUCAUCAUGUAAUUAAAUUCAUGCAGCCCCCAUAAACAUAUAUGGUCACUGGCAUUAUUGAGGACCCGGAAGGCUUUUGUUCUGCUAUGUAGCUCAGUUGUAGAAGGUAUAAUAGUAGACUUUCAACCUUCGGUACUUUCUCUGUCCCAAAUCCCAGGGAAUCCUCAUUUUGCUUUUUGAUGACUUAGGAAUAGCUGCAAUGGUAGAGUUGGAUCCUCCUGACAACUUGAUAGUCCAGCCUUUUGUUGUGAGCAUGGGAACGGGAGCCUGUAUUUAUAGAGAGAAAGCCAGGGAGUGAAUGGAGCCAAGCGUCAUUAUUAUCUGGUAAUUUGUUUGCCAAUUCAUUGAGGGGAAUAAACAAUCAUUGGAUUUUU